CAUCUUAGAUGUCGAAAGGCCUUGUGUAAGAAAAUUAAAAUUAUUGGACACUUGUUUAUUAUUUUAACAUUAUUGGAUAUUGGUGUUUUGGAUAAUAUAACAACACUACCUCCAACCUUUAGCAACUCUCAAACACAAGAAUGGAAGCCAUUUUUAAAGCCCGAAGAAAAAUAUGAGAGAUUUGAAAUUUUUUAUUCCUUGAAAAGUGUCUGGGAUGUUAUAAAUAGCCCUCAGUACUCCAGCGUUCCUGUCGUGAGGAAGAUCAGGGCCAUGUGGGAGGACAAGACAGUACCGAGGAUAGUUCAAAAGAAGCCGAGGAAGCGGAGGAAAAACGCAACCACCACGAUCGAGCCUCCUGAGAUGUCAUGGGAGGAUGAAAUUGUUGAGACUACUCCACUCUAUGAGACAACCACUCGCAUGAAACUGCCCGGCAGACAGAACCCGUUCGUGCUUGUCGAAGGAACCUUGACUUUAACUAGAAGAAAACUGCUGAGGGGUUUAAUGAAACAUACCACAUUCGCGUAUGUCAGGACGAUGCGCAAGUCUCCGUUUAAGUACAAGGACAAGUUCAGGGGUCCAGAGAUGCUCAAACUAAAGAGGGCAUUUGUCUCCCUUCAAUUGUACUUGACCGGGCGAGAUGUCAACACUAUAUUAGAAGAGAGACCAGUCAUCAUGUCUGGUUUCUGGAUGAGGCAAGCAGCCGAGUACAUAGCUCGCCGGUACCAGGACAUGAGUCAGCUGCCCGGUGUCGGUUCAGCGUGCUACCAGUGGCCGACAGACCUGGUCACUCCGGACUUGAUUCUCUUCCUUCACACUCCGAGAGCAAACGGCACAAUCAAUGAGGACACCGUCAAACGUCACCAGAGAAUCGUCGAGAUCUAUCACAGGAUGAAACCUCCCGUUGUGGUCCUGGAAGAUUCGUACAAUAAGAUCAACGACAAAACAGUGUCUCAGUUACGCAAGUUGAUGUUAGAGAAGCUCGCACCCAAAUAUCCAUACGUCAGCGAUUUGGUCAAAUAUAAAAAACCAUUGCAUGACAGUGUUGGUAGAAAUAGAACAAAGCUAAAAAAGAAAAAAACAAAAACUACCAUAAAACAUAAUAACACCAUAAUCGAAGAACAAUCUGCAAAAAAUAAAUGACAUUAAAUAACUUCGUAGUUUUAAUUUCUUCUGUGCUAAACAAACAGGACUUUUCUACCAUUAUACCUAGCAUCAUUUUCUGUGCUAAACAAACAGGACUUUUCUACCAUUAUACCUAGCAUCAUUUUCUGAGCACUGUUACAGUUUUCUACCAUUAUACCUAGCAUCAUUUUCUGUGCUAAACAAACAGGACUUUUCUACCAUUAUACCUAGCAUCAUUUUCUGAGCACUGUUACAGUUUUCUACCAUUAUACCUAGCAUCAUUUUCUGAGC